AGAAAGUAGCCUCUCGCCUUCUCCUCGUCAUCGCUGUGGAGUCAGGUGGAUGUUGAGCAGACGGACGAGGCAAGGAAGGUGCAGAACAUCGUCCGGGAAGUGUGAGAGCGUGGAGGAAGGAGGAAGGAGGAAGGAGGAGUAGUAGUAGGGUGGAGGAAGACCUCUUUUCCUGCAGCAUCCUGUCCGAUCACCAUGGAUCUCUGGAGUAAAAAAGUCCAGGGAAUUAUCACACAGGUCGUCCUGAUGCUUUGCAGCUCGUACGGGGCAACAAGAGGAGAGGUUUGUCACAGUCCGCUGGUGUCCAACCUCCUGCCAUCAUCCUUCAGAAGCUCCUCACAGCUGUCUGGCAGCCACGGGCCAGGAUUCGCCAAGCUGAACCGGAGGGAAGGAGCUGGAGGUUGGUCUCCUCCGACUUCAGACAGAUAUCAGUGGUUGGAGGUCGAUUUGGGCGAGCGGACACAAAUCACUGCUGUCGCUACGCAAGGUCGCUAUGGCAGCUCUGAUUGGCUGACGGCGUACCUGCUGAUGUUCAGCGACACAGGACACAACUGGAGGCAGUAUCGACAAGAAGACAGCAUCGGGGCCUUUCCAGGUAACAGUAACGCAGACAGCGUGGUCCAGCACAAGCUCCAGCACCCCGUGAUCGCUCGCUACGUACGCCUGAUCCCCCUGGACUGGAAUCCCAAUGGACGGAUUGGACUCAGACUGGAGACCUACGGAUGUCCUUACAACUCGGACGUGGUGAACUUUGACGGCCGCAGCGGCCUCCUCUACAGGUUGAGUCUCCAGCUGAGGCAGGCGUCCAAGGAGAGCUUCUCUCUGAAGUUUAAAACCCUGAGGAACUCCGGGAUACUGCUUCACGCAGAGGGAAAGGGCGAGCACAGCCUCACCCUGGAGCUCGAGAAAGGAAAGCUUCUCCUGCUCCUCCAAAAAGGCAGGACUUCCUCUUCAGACAGCAGGCACGUCGUGUCACUGGGCAGCCUGUUGGACGACCACCAGUGGCACCAUGUCGCGGUGGAGCAUCACAGCACUCACCUCAACCUCACCGUGGACAAAAGCACACUGUGGGUGCAGAUCCCACCAAGAUUCACCCACUGGGACCACGACCAGAUGAGCGUGGGAGCAGACCUGAGCCUCGGCUCUUGGAGUUCGGUCGGGUUGAACAGAAACUUUCACGGCUGUUUGGAAAAUCUUCUUUACAACGGCGUGAGUCUGGUGGAGCUCGCUAAACAGAGAGACCAGCGGGUCACUGAGAAGGGUAAUGUGACCUUUUCUUGCGCCGAGCCCAUUCUCGUUGCCGUGACGUUCACCAGCCCCAAGAGCUUCCUCUGGUUGCCAGGGGCGACGGACCCGUCAUCAGCGGGGACGUCGGUGGGGCUUCAGUUUCGGACGUGGAACAAAGCGGGCCUCCUGCUGACCUUUGAUCUCCCGAAGCGAGGCGGCGCGCUCUGGCUGUACCUGAGCAGAGCCCGGCUCCAUCUGCAGAUCCAUAAGUCUGGCAAGGCGCCGCUGGAGCUCAAUGCAGGUUCGGCUCUGAAUGACGGUCAGUGGCACUCUGUGGAGCUAAUCUCCAGACGAGGACAUCUAACCGUCACCGUGGACGGAGAUGAAGGAGCCUCCGCCCACGCCAGCCCCUCGUUUGUGGUCACCACAGGAAGUCAUCUUUUCUUUGGUGGUUGCCCCGCUGAAGGGAGCAUCCAGGAGUGUAUGAACCCCUUCAAGGCUUUCCAGGGCUGCAUGCGUCUUCUGACCGUGGACGACAAGCCGCUGGACUUGAUCACGGUGCAGCAGAGGCUGAUGGGAAACUACAGUCACCUGCAGAUCGACAUGUGUGGCAUCAUCGACAGGUGUUCACUGAGUCACUGUGAACAUGGAGGCAGCUGCAGUCAAUCAUGGAGCACGUUCCACUGUAACUGCUCCAACACCGGCUACAGCGGGGCGACCUGUCACAGCUCGAUACACGAGCAGUCCUGUGAGGCGUACAAACACAAAGGCAACACGUCGGGGCAUUAUUACAUUGACGUGGAUGGCAGCGGACCCAUCAGACCACAGCUAAUAUACUGCAACAUGACAGAGGACAAAACAUGGAUGGUGAUCCAGCACAACAACACAGAGCUGACCAGAGUUCGAGCGUCACCGGGGAAGAAUCAGCACUCGGCUCACUUCGAAUACGCGUCCGAGGAGGAGCAGCUGGCGGCCAUCAUCAGCCAAUCAGAACACUGCGAACAGGAGCUGACCUACCACUGCAGGAGGUCACGGCUGCUCAACACACCAGACGGCCCUCCACUCAGCUGGUGGGUUGGAGGUCCAGGUGUAGGACAGGUGCAGACUUACUGGAGUGGGGCUCCACCGGGCAGUCAGCAGUGUGCCUGCGGCCUGCAGGAGAACUGUGUGGACUCCAAACACCACUGCAACUGUGACGCUGACCUCAUUGAAUGGGCUAAUGACUCAGGCCUGCUGACCCAUAAGGAGACCCUCCCUGUCAGAUCUCUGGUGCUGGGCGACGUCCAGAGACCCGACUCAGAAAGCGCCUACAGGGUCGGGCAUCUCCGUUGCCAUGGAGACAGAAACGUCUGGAACGCUGUGUUUUUCGAUAAGGAGACGUUGUACCUCCACUUUCCCACAUUCCACGGCGAGCUGAGCGCAGACAUCUCCUUCCUGUUUAAAACCACUUCAUCCUCCGGGGUCUUCCUGGAAAACUUGGGCAUCAAAGACUUCAUCCGGAUUGAACUCAGCUCCUCCGCCGAGGUCCUCUUCUCCUUCGAUGUGGGUAACGGUCCGUUGGAAGUCCGCGUGAAGGCUGACGUGCCGCUGAACGACAACAGGUGGCAUCGCAUUCGAGCCGAGCGUAACGUUAAAGAGGCAUCGCUUCGCCUCGAUGAGCUCCCCGCUGCCACACAGGAGGCUCCCGCUGACGGGCACAUCCACCUGCAGCUGAACAGCCAGUUAUUUAUAGGAGGCACGGCGUCCAGGCAGAAGGGCUUCCGGGGUUGCAUUCGCUCUCUGCAGCUGAACGGCGUCACCCUGGAUCUGGAGGAGAGAGCGAAGAUCACCCCCGGGGUUCAGGCGGGAUGUCCAGGCCACUGCAGCAGCUACGGCUUGCUCUGCCAGAACCGAGGUCGCUGUGUGGAGAAAAGCAACAGCUUUUCCUGCGACUGCCAUCCGUCUGCUUACACCGGAGCCUUCUGCGACAGAGAGGUUUCAGCCAGCUUCAAGUCGGGAACAUCCGUCAGCUACAUCUUCAAGGAGGCGGUGCCGAACGAAGAGGACAAGAGCAGCAGUGUCCUUCCCUCCUCCAUCUACUCUGACGUAACCCUGAGGGCAGAAAAUGUCUCCCUGAGCUUCAGGACCAGCCAGAGUCCAGCUCUGCUCCUCUACGUCAGCUCCUACCACCGAGAGUACCUGGCUGUGCUGCUCAACAAGCAUGACAAGCUGGAGGUGAGAUACAGACUGGACAGCAGCAAAGAUGUUGAGAUCCUGAGGAGCAAAGUGAGGGACCUCGCCAACGGACAGCUACACGCUGUAACCAUCAGCAGACUGGCAGAUGUUGUCUCGGUGCAGAUUGACGAGAACACCAAAGAGGACUUCAAUCUGACAUCUGAUGUGGAAUUCAAUGCAAUCAGGUUGCUGAUUCUUGGCAGAGUGCACGAUUCUGGUGAGUUGGACCCGGAGUUGUCUCGGGUUGCCUCUCUGGGUUUCACAGGAUGUCUGUCGGCUGUCCUCUUUAACUCCGUCAGCCCUCUUAAAGCUGCUCUUCUCCACCCGGGCACCAGCCCUGUCAUCGUUACCGGCCCACUGGUCCAGUCCAUUUGUGGCUCCACUUCAGCCAAUCCCUACGCAGCAGAAACCACACACCACCUAUCAGGUCAGUCUGGAUCAGUGGAAACAGGUCAGCCUGUAGUGAACGCCAUCAGGAGUGACUCAGCUCUAAUUGGAGGUGUGAUAGCGGUGGUGAUCUUUGUGACCGUGUCCGCAUUAGCCAUAAUGGCCCGAGUCUUCUACAGGAGGAAAGGGAGUUGUCAGAGCCAGGAAGUAAAAACAGUAAAAACUGAAGACAGCCCGGAGCUGGCGUUCAGCGGCUCGCGCAACGGCCCGAGCGAGAACCAGAAGGAGUAUUUUAUUUAGGGCGGAGGUUUCGACCUGCUGCUGACCAGAGACAAGAAGAGAUGCCUUGUCAAGCCUUAGUGCUUUAUGGUACAAACUGAGCCCGAGCGGCUCGACGAGACGGAGCGACAUGCUCUCGUUCUGUCUGUUCAGUUUUGUUUUUUUUGCUUCUGUGGUUGUAUUUUUGUAAAGACUGUAUAAAGAUGCACAAGAACAAAGUGUUGAAUUUAUAAUAUGUCAAUACCGCGAGUCGAACAAUUGUAAAUAUUUAAUGAUGUAAAUCUUAAAAAUGAUGACUUUGUAUCAGCCUGUCCUCUCCGUCUGAUUGAAAUGAUUAAAUGUGUUUUUCAUGGAGUUGCUGGAAUGAACGUUAGAACAGCUUUGUUUGGUUUGAGGUGAUUUAAAUACAUUUUCCAACAUGGAUAAUGUGUUCUCAUGUUUUCUUCAACCUACUGUGGGAAAGCAAAAUGUAUCCGUUCACACUGAACCUGAGUCUUUACGUUCUAUCGUCACGACUCUCUUUGGUUAAGUUACUGCUCGAAGCGAAGCUUAGCUCAUGCAUUAUUUUUACAUUUAUUCAGAAUUGAUUGAUUUCUUUCUUUCUUUAUUUAUUUCUGUGCCUUUCCUGCCUCCAGCUCUCGACGUACUUCUGAAUAGUUAUUGAGACGGACAGUUACGGGUUUUAUUGUGGACUACAAAAUAUUCCAGCCUUCAUUCCAACUAAAGCAGCCCAUGCUAAAAAUCAUGUAAGGAUUUCGAGCAGUUUAGGAAUGUAGCCAACACAGGAAGUGCCAAAAACUGCAGUUCCUCUAACGUCCACUUGAGGCUGGCUCCAGGAGUGA